ACACUCAUGAAAACACUUGAGAGGGAUCAUUCAAGUGGAGCGCAGAGCCAGCGUGAAGAGAUGAAGUCGGGUGGUAGCGAACAAUACGAUAGACGAAGUGAAACGCUGACCAUGGCACUCGUUAGUCUGGCUAUGCUGUAUGAUGCGCUGUCGACGGCCUCCAUUUGCAGCGGGCAAGUGCUCGUACCAGUGGAAAAUGUGUGCGAGAACGCGAUGUCCACAGUCAGCUUUUUAGAGAAUUGUCAAGAAUAAUCACAUGGACGGAGUAUUACAGUCGAAGAUACUAUGUGGAAGGGCGAAUCUCAUGGCCGACAUCCUGUCUCCAAAGCCACUGCUAUUGCUAAGAUAUGUAGGAACGGUCGGCAGCAGUUUCAGCUAGUGUUAGCAGGUGCAGUGCUCGGUGCGCUAUCGAUCUUUGUGCUCUUACGAACACGUCAAGACAGUGCUUGGAAAAAAGAGCAGAGGGAAGCGCAGGUCUGCCAGAACAACCAGGAAAACUUACGGGACUUCGCGGAGAUUGCCUACAACAAACUCGGUCUGCCGCUUAUCCUUGUGGAGCCGAAACUACUCGAGUUGUUGUGGUCGUUAGAAACUACUCGGGACGAGCACGUUAGAAACCGUACUCUGCAAUUUGGCCAUCCGGAAGUGGCCGUUCAAGACGGGGAGAAGGUACUCACAUGGAGUCAUCAUGAAGCUGGCUCCGACAAGGUCGUCAAGUCCAUUGUCGACUAUAGUCUACCUCUGACCGUGUUUGGAUAUUCUGAGCUGAUCUGCAAACAAUGGCGGACAUCAUUUGCACUCUUCUACAAAGAUGGACUGGCGCUGAAGAAUGGGACAGUGAUACCCAAGCUGAGCUGGCAGCUAGCUGAUCUUGCUGAUGAGAUGAAGGCGGCCGGGUUCAGUGUUGCCCUCUUUGAAGGUGAGGACCCACGCUUAACCAAUGCCGCCGUAGGCAUCAACAUGCACAGCGCGGACCCGCUGCUGCAUCACAUGCGCUUCUUCCGCGGCAAGCACAACAUCUACAUCACCGUCAUGUACGAGAGGGUCGAGAAGGAUCACUACUGGCACUCCGCUCUGACUACAAACAAUGGCUCCAAGUCGCCGGUGCACUUCGGUGCACAUGCUGGAUCCUGGAAGAGAUUCAAAAGUCGUCAAGUUCAGCUUGACUUUGGCUUGAAUAUGCUUGUGCCUGAAGAUGUGGCACAGUUUUUGUACGACUUUGAAGGCUCGCGCUAUAUAGAGUGUAACAUGGCGCGCGCUGCACAUUUCUUCAAGGCCCAUCCACCGCCCGAUCAAGCUAGCGCGGACGAAGCUGCAUUUGUUGCCAACGCCAGCAGAGUGAUGCAGCUGGGCCGGAGUGCACUGGACGAGCUUAAAAUUCCGUUCUGGAUAAGCAGUGGUACCUGUUUAGGUUGGUUCAGACAGUGCUCGACCAUACCACAUAGCAAGGAUGUGGACUUUGGCAUCUUCACCAGGGAUCACUCGGAGCACAUUGUCAUGCACAUGCUGAUGAGGGGAUUCAAGUUGAAACAUCGCUUCGGAACGGUCAACGACAGCCUGGAGCUGUCAUUCACACUGGACGAUGUCAAGCUGGAUUUCUUCUUCUUCUAUGACGAAGACACUCACAUGUGGAACGGAGGAACGCAAGCCAGGACAGGGAAAAAGUUUAAGUACUUCUUCCCCAAGUUCAGCCUGUGCUGGACGGAGUUUGCGGGCCUGCGUGUGCGCGUGCCAUGCCAAACUCAGUCGUACAUCGAAGCUAACUACGGGCUGACGUGGGACGAGCCAGUCAAGGAGUGGAACUGGAAAGCAAGUCCACCCAACGUGCGUCCCAACGGCAAGUGGGACGAGUCAGAGUGGAGCAAGGUCAUUCAGGUCUACUAGACGCAAUCCUCAUAAUUGUAGCUACUGUGCCUCCCAAAUAGCUACCCAACAGGCAAGCUCAGCCGCCACCCGCUGAAUUUGCCUUCUAUGACGUAGAGCUUCUAAGUCUGCCUGAGCAGGAACAGUCAAGCUGCGAGUCAAAACAACACUUGAGCACAUCGUGUGUUCGGAAGCUGUGGAUAGCUGGAUAACCAGCGAAUCAGGCCUACUAGAUCAGUACUUUUGUGGAAAUCCAUCAACUCGGAGCGUAUCUUGUCAUGCAAUACUUAGAUCUCUGCACUACAUUGCUGGAGUGUGAGGAGGGUAUAGCUCGUAUAUCAAAGGUUUCACAUGUGGUUCCACUCCAAAGCGGUCUACAGAGUAGCAAACAGUGUUAAGCGACCAGCAAGAGCUAUAUACUUGAAGCAGUUCUUAUUAUCUUUUUAAAUUGUUCAGGGAUAUCGAGUCAUGACAUCUGGAUUAUCAAUUUUCUCAUUUCAUAUUCUAUCAUUGAGCUCCGAAACAAAAAAAUAUGAUUAUAAUACAA